AUGAGGACCGUGACGAAACGUCCCACCCGUGAGCAAAAGGACCAAGAUGAAGCUGAUACUAUCACUGAAGAGGAGAAGCGCAAGCGGGAGGAGCUUGAGAAGGCACCUAUGAGGGCCGAACUCAUGCAUCUCGAUAAGAGAUGGACCAAGAAGGGUAAGGCUUACUUUGCAGAGCCAAAGGAAGAUGAAGAGAUCCCCGACCAAAAGGUCAACUGGUGGAGUCAGUUUGCCCUCACGAUCACUCGCGUCUAUGACACUCAAAACAGGGUUGUGACCGAGACCAGCCUGAGUGUCAACUCGCUUGCCAUCAAAGACGUUCUCCGCGACAUCAUUGGUGAAUUUCCUGGCAUCUCGUUUCAUACAAAGGACAUAUCUCUCAAGUUUGACCCCAAGGUUCUAUAUCACUACUAUCCCGAACUCAGGGAGAGGACCGAGGAGCUCAAGAAGGAAGAUCCCGAGUCUGAGAGCGCAGCCCACAUGGGUCUCCUGAUAGAAUUCAUCAGCGAGCACUUUGCCGACAAGAUCAAGGAGGUUGAGAAUCUGAAGCAGCGAGGACUGAUAACAUAUCCUCUUCUUUGGACCAUCUUCAGACCUGGUAUCAUGCUGUACUCAACAGUUUUGGGACAGAGUCGGGCCUUUAAGCUUGUUUCGUACGACUAUGUCAACACCAGAUGCGGUCCGGCGCUGCAGCUGGCAGGCCAAUACGUCGACUUUGACGGCGACGACUUUGGUCUCCGCGUCUCGCACCUCCUGAUCCCAGAGAUGGGUGGUGCCAUACCCAUUGACUCAUUGCCUGUCUUCCCCAUGUCGUUCCAUCCAAACCCUGAAGCUGUUCAAAAGUUCCUGCUUGAGCGCGGCCGCAAGUUUGAGGCCCAUGCCGGGCAGCAUUUUGUUGAGUACCGCGGCAUCGCCCUUGAUGAGGAACACAACCGCUUCAAUAUCGACAGCCGCACCAUGAUUGACUGCUUCACGCACCACCGUAUCAACGGCAACACCUCUUUCAGUGUCACGCCGUUCUUAAGCUCGCUGGCAACGCACGAGAAGAACCGCAGGAGGAAGCAGAAGCACAAAGCCAACGAGGUGGAGCUCGUUACGUCCGGCGAGAAGACAUACACGGCCCUGACGGACGACCAGUGCAUCUUGGCGUCGGCUCUGGUCCGCGGCUUUUCGUUUGCGGAGAAAAGGUUCUUUGACCUCUUCAUCGACAGUGUCCGCCCCAUCAACUGGAACGCCGGCUGCUUCGAGCAGCUGGUCUUGCCGGACAGCCAAAAGGAGCUCGUGCAGGCGCUGGUGGCGGAGCACACGCAGCGGGCGGCCGACUCGUUCGACGACAUCGUCAAGGGCAAGGGCAAAGGGCUGAUCCUGGUUCUACACGGCCCUCCCGGUGUGGGCAAGACGCUGACGGCCGAGUGCGUGGCCGAGUUCUCGCGGCGCCCGCUCUACAUAGUGUCCUCGGGCGACCUGGGCACGUCCGCCGCAGCGCUGGACGACCGGCUGGCGCGCACGCUUGACCUGGCCAGCGCGUGGAAGGCGGUGCUGCUGAUCGACGAGGCCGACGUGUUCCUCGAGCGGCGGUCGCUGCACGACAUGGAACGCAACUCGCUCGUCAGCAUCUUCCUCCGCACGCUCGAAUACUACAGCGGCAUCUUGUUCAUGACCACCAACCGCAUCAAGACGUUUGACGACGCCUUCAAGUCGCGUAUCCACGUGCCCCUGCGCUAUGGUGACCUGCCCGUGUCGAGCCGCGUCCGCAUCUGGCGCAACUUUUUGGGUGCGGUGGACGGCGGCGUCGAUAUUGACGACCAGGGAUACGACAAGCUCGCGGAGGGGGAUCUCAACGGCCGGCAGAUCAAGAACGUCGUCAGGACGGCAAAGAGCCUCGCUGCUUACAAGAGGCGGAAGCUGGAUUUUGAGCAGCUCAGACAAGUCAUGGAGAUCCAAAUGGCUUUUGAGGAUGAUUUGACCUUGACUGAGGAGGAUGCAGAGAUGACUGAUUAA